GAACCCGACUGCAUAAGCGCCGUGCUUGGGGUCACGAGACAUCUGUUAUGGCUGAAAAGUUUGACGAAGCUACGCAGAAAGAGCUUCAAAAGUUUCUUCAAGAAGAACAAAAGAGAGAACGUGUGCAACAGACUGUGCAGUCUUUGACUUCAGCAUGUUGGGAUAAAUGCAUCACUGGUAGCGUUUCAACACGGUUCGCUAGAGGAGAAGAAAAAUGCCUCGUGAACUGUGUUGGACGUUUCCUCGACACUUCCCUGCACAUGGUCAACCGCUUGGAAGCAAAUAGACAGGCCCAUUCUUCACUAUAAAUGGAGGGCACAUCCACAAUACAGUGACCUUUGACGUGCCUGAAUGCCUCCAAUAUUGCGACCCUUCAACAUCCCAGCAGAAAAUAUCU